AUGAGCAACAGAACUAGAGGAACAAGGGGAGCUUCUAGCUCGAGGGCACCUGCGGUAGAGGAUCCGAGAGUUGAUGGAGUCCUUAGGGCCCUAGAAGAGAUUGGUAACUUGAUGGGUAGGCAGGCUCAAGAGAGGGCUGCUGCCGUUGCUCAAGCCGCCGAGGCUGCUGUGGCUGCUGCCAAUCUGGCAAAUGGAAAUAAUGGAUUAAAUGGGAAUGGAGACCCGGAGGUGGCACCUCGAUGGAUCGAAAAGCUAGAGAAAGCCUUCGAAGUUUUGGGGUGCACGGAAGAAGAGAAAGUAACCCUAGCGGUUUACCAACCGGAAGGUACCGCUGAUGAUUGGUGGAAGGCCACCGGAGGAGGAAUCUUUCCCGAAGGCACCGCUCCGAAUUGGACUGCCUUCACCGAGGCGUUUAACGGGAAGUAUUUUUCGGAGACCGCACAAGAGCGGAAACCGAUAGCGUUCCAACGGCUUCGCCAGAACCAGCUGACGAUCGAUCAGCACGAAGCCGAAUUUUCAAGGUUGUCGAGAUAUGCACCGAGAAUGGUUGAAAAUCCGAUAGACAAGGCACGGAGAUUUCGAGAUGGACUAAGGCCCGACCUUCGUAGCCAGAUGAUAGCACCGAACUUGAGGACCUACAAUGAGAUGUACGAGCGAGGCCGAGAUGAUUGA